AAAUAUAUUAAUUUAGAUUUUUGCAUUUUUAUUUUGAUGAAAAACGGGUGAACCGUUCUCGGUAUUAAAAAACAACACUCGCUUAAAGUGUUUGAGAUGUUUGGAAAAACAUCCCUCGCCCUCCUACGAUCGCUGACCCGUGAGUUCCGGUACGUCACAUCUGACAGUAAGUUGCUCAACCGACCUUUAAUACAGUUAAUACUGUCCGAAUACCGAUCAAAUCAAGUCACCCCGGCACAGUACUGUCGUGGUCCCGACGAGAUGAUGUGGGUCGCCGAUACAUAUUUUCAGUACAUACGAUCGCAGCGUAUAUGCCGCGAGCUCAACGAGAAGCAUCAGAGGCGAGAAAAAACUGUUCAAGAAACGGCGGAUAUGAUCGGUUUUAGACUACCAUCAUCAACAACAAAUGACAAAGACAAUUAAGACGUAUAAUUUUUUUGUCUGUAUAUAGAUUUUUGAAAACAUUAAAUGUUAGGAGAAUUUUC